CGUUCACUCAGAAUUGACCUUGCAGUAGAGAAAACCGCUUCAACUCCUGAUAGUGGAAAACAAAAUAACGCUCAAAAGCAGGGUACAAGUGGAGGUACAACUAUAUAUGUUAGAGGGUUUGACAAGAAUGAUUCUGAAGAAGAGGUUAGGAGUGCUCUCGAGAAACAUUUUGGCUCUUGCGGAGAAAUCAAAGACACAAGACUUCCAACUCAACAUGGCUCUCUUAAAGGGAUGGCAUAUAUUGAGUUUGCACGGAGCGAUGCCGUAAACAAAGCACUUAAACUCAAUGACUCCAAACUUGGGAGCAACACCUUGCAAGUUGAAGAAGCUAAGCCAAGAGGAACAGUGGUGGUGGAAGAGGUGGCAGACGUGGUGGCAGAGGUGGCGGCCGUGGCAGAAGGUAAUUGUUGCAGCCCAACCCUUUCUCCGACUGGUAGGAAGAAAGCAAAACAUUAGGUGAUGAUUGAGAGUGAAAUGGAGCUAUGAAGUUGGCCAACUGGAAACCCAUUUUUGUUUGUUUACAUAUUGAAUUAUUGUUUCUUGUUUUGUUUUUCUAGCAUGGACCGGAUUUCAUUUUCUGUUUAGAUUUGUUUCUGGGUGAUAAUUUGUUUUUUUUUUGUUUUGGUUCUGUUUACAACCUUUAAUCAAAUGUGCUCUUAUUA